AUGACCAAAGUCAAGUACACCAUGACGGAAUCUGCUGAACCCACUUACUUUAUCGAAGGGCUUUCCACCCCAGACCUCCAAAAGCUCAAGGACAAGCAUCGGGAGCUCAUUGACAUUGUCGAUGAGCUCACCAAAGAUGACAUGGGCAAGUUUGUGGACCUACCUCAACUUGUUGUCGUGGGCGACCAAUCCUCUGGCAAGAGUUCUGUACUUGAAUCCAUUUCCCGUGUUCGUUUCCCCUCCGAUCACAACGUAUGCACGCGUUUUGCCACGCAGCUCGUAUUGAGCGAGGCAGAUGCUCCCCUCGUGGAAGUGACAAUCACACCACACGAGGAUGCAAGCGCGGCGGAGAAGGAGCGCAUCAAGACCUUCCGUCACACACAGGAGGAUUUUGGUGAUCUUUCACCCAUCAUUGCCGAAGCUACACGCGUCAUGGGCCUCGACGACAAUGGAGAGCUCUUCUCCAAGCACACUCUGCGCGUUGAGGCUUCUGGUCCAGGCAUGCUGCGCCUUACCUUGGUUGAUCUGCCUGGUUUUUACGGUGGUCGCAGCAAUACCCAGAGCGACAAGUUCCGCGAGAUGCCCCUUCAAAUUGCAGAGCAGUACAUCAAGCGGGACAACACCAUCAUCCUCAUGGUCGUCUCUGCCGACAUGGACACUACCAAGCAAGAUGCGACGAGAGUGGCCAGAGAUGCAGACAUUUUCGGCCAAAGAACACUUGGUAUCAUUACCAAGCCUGAUCUCAUUCAAAAGCACUCUGAGCCAGGCUAUGAGGCCCUACUCAGGAACUCUCGCGGCUCGCCCAUGUACCUCAAGUAUGGCUGGCAUGUCGUCCGCAAUCGCGCUUCAGAUGACCCUUUAGAUUUUGAAGCCAGAGACCGAAAAGAGGCGGAAGACCUGAGCAAGAAGGUGUGGAAGAAGGUCAACAAUCAAGACAAGGGUAUCAAGGCUCUGAGGACCAAGCUCUCCAAUGUGCUCAUCGAGCACGUCACCGACAAGCUGCCACAUGUCACUGAGACUCUCAGGGAGUUACGCAGAACGAAGGAGGAGCAGCACCAGAGAUUUGAGGACCGAUCCGAUUUCAAGGCUAUUCAAAGCCAUCUGAACAGGGUUCAACAGCGAUUUUCCUCCUUGGCAAGUCAAGCCGUCAGGGGCCAAUUGGAAGAUUCGCGAUUCUUUGCUCAGCCGACAUCAGCCACGCCAGAUAACGAAAGUGUCUUAAAGAGAAAUCUGCGUGCUCGGAUUAGGCGAGACAACAAAGAGUUUGUCAAAGUCAUGCAGUUGUGCGGAUCUCGCCAUGUGUAUGACUGGAGAACGGAAGGUUCUGUGAGCAGAUACUUGAGCAAGGUUCAAUUUUCUCCUGAGCAACUAGAAAUCAUCAGGAAAUACGGGGCCAAACAUCCCGAGACUCUCACUCAAGACCAAUUGGAAGAAGAAAUCAAGGUAAAAGCCGAUCUAUUCAAAGGCAUGGAACUUCCUGGGUCUUUCCAUCAAGGCCUAUCGCUCAAGAUCUUCAAAGAUGAAGCGCAGCCUUGGGAGAGUCUGGCAAGGGUGUACAUUAAUCAGACAAUACAAGUUGUCGAAACACUCAUCCGUGAUAUUCUUCAGUACGCUACAGACGAUGACAAACUUCUCUUUGAGAGGAUCAAUGCCAUGUUCAUCGCUCCUUUUAUUGAAGACAAAAGAAAAGUGCUUGCUGAGAAGGUGAAGGAGUUUGUUCCACUAGACAAUCAGCACAGUUUCGCCAUCGCACUUGAAGAUGAUUUUGAGGAAAAGGUCAAAAGCCGAGGCUUCGAGCGGGUAAACACACAGGUUCAACUUUUCAAACACAUGGAAGCGGAAGUCAUGAGUAAGGGGCUUUCAAAAGCAUUGAUGGAUCAGCACUAUGCUCAAGCUGUUGCGAAUGCGCACCAGGGUACUAUCCGCGGAUCAGAAAUUCCUCACGUCAUUGAAAAUAUGGUCGAAUACUAUGAGAUGACACUAAAUACCUUUGUGACAAACAUCAUUACCCUUGGAGUCGAGAACCAGCUCAUGGUCAAGAUUCCCGAAGUCUUCACCAUGGACGGCAUCUUUGGACUCGAUGACCAAACGGUUAAGUGGAUUGGUGAGGAGGCAAUCGAUACAAGGCAGAAGAGAGUCACUCUUCACGAGGAGUUACAGCAGCUCAAGCGAGGAAUCGAUAUUUGCGAGAGGUGGCAAACGGGCAGUACCACGGACAUUCCUGUUAGGCCAAAUUCGAACAGCACGGCUGAGAAGAAAGAAUAA